ACACCACUUGUUCCCUCCCUUCACACGGCACAACUCCUAAAAAACACAGAGUGUCAGUGAGUGUGUGUCAGAGAUAACCAGAGUUGGUCUCAAGAUGCCUGCGUAUGCCACCAACAUGAGGAUGAAGUUUCCAAUUGUGGCUUUAGCUUUGGAGAUUAUUACCAUCAUCCUGUUUGCUGUGUUUGUGGUCUAUGAUGAUGGAAAAAGUCACGGGCACGACUCACACUCCAAUGAGACUCACCAUGAAGUAAAGCCCAUGGAUCUCUACCCCAUGUUUCAGGAUGUCCACGUUAUGAUCUUCAUCGGCUUCGGCUUCCUGAUGACCUUCUUGAAGCGAUACGGGUUCAGCAGCGUGGGCGUCAACUUACUGCUGGCUGCCUUCGGCCUGCAGUGGGGCCUCCUCAUGCAGGGCAUCUGGCACCUGGAUGAUGGCAAGAUCAAAGUCAGCAUCUUCAAAAUAAUCAACGCAGACUUCAGCACAGCUACAGUCCUGAUCUCCUUUGGAGCCGUUCUGGGUAAAACCAGCCCUGUGCAGCUCCUCAUCAUGACCGUACUGGAGAUCACCAUCUUCUCCAUCAAUGAACAUCUGGUGGCCACAGUCCUUGAAGCAAAUGAUGUUGGAGCAUCCAUGAUCAUCCAUGCUUAUGGAGCCUACUUCGGCCUGGCAGUGGCUCGAGUCCUUUACCGGCCAGGUUUAAGAAACGGACAUGAGAAUGACGGAUCUGUUUAUCACUCCGAUAUGUUUGCUAUGAUUGGAACCGUCUUCCUGUGGAUGUUCUGGCCCAGUUUUAACUCGGCCAUUGCUGAUCCAGGCUUCAGUCAGCUCACAGCGGUGAUCAACACCUACCUCUCCCUGGCUGCCUGUGUGCUCUCUGCCUACGCCAUCUCCAGCCUUGUGGAGCACAAAGGAAAACUGGACAUGGUGCAUAUUCAGAAUGCCACCUUGGCCGGUGGCGUUGCUGUGGGAACAUGUGCUGACAUGAACAUCGGGCCAUUUGGGGCAAUGCUGAUUGGAUUAGUGGCUGGCAUCAUCUCUACCCUGGGCUUCAAGUACCUCACUCCCGUCCUGGCAUCCAACCUGGGCAUCCAGGAUACCUGCGGAGUCCACAAUCUGCACGGCAUGCCUGGCAUCCUGGGCGGGUUGGCUGGUAUUGUGGCUGUGGCUUUGGGAAAAAAAGAGGGAGGUAAUGCUGCCAUGCAAGCUGCUGCCUUGGCUUCAUCCCUGGGGUUCGCUUUGGUUGGAGGUGCUAUUACAGGUUUAAUAAUGAAGUUGCCAUUCUGGGGACAGCCUCCAGACCAGAACUGCUUUGAUGACUCUAUUUACUGGGAGGUUCCUGAGGAGGAGGAGGAGAAUGAGGAGAGCUUGGCUCACGCCGAUCACUCAAAGAACAAAGCAGAGGUUUAAAUAUCUGCUCACAGUCCACUGAGCUAGAAAUCGAGAAGUAAAUGAUUAUUAAUCAGCUGCACCAUGUCAACACAUGUGUAAUAUGAUUUUAAAAAACUAGACGAUUUGCUCUACUCACCAACACCAAGUCAAUUUUGUAAACUUUUUUGUGAGCAAAGAUCUACAGCAUUGUAUUUUUCCAUCAUAGUACAGUUUAAAUUUGUAAUGAGGAUGGGCAGUGAAUGUUUUACACAACAGUCUUCAAAAUAGACAAAAAAAAAUUAAAAAAAUCCCAUUUACACUCACACAUUCAGGGAUUUCUUUUGCGUUGCAAAUUGUGACCAAUAACCUUGAAAACCCAGUUGGUCACACACUAAAUUUACUGCUGAUACACCUACUUCCUUAAGCUUUUUUAUAUUAUGAAAAACAUUAAAGCAUAUUUUUGGUAUAGUGUAUUUUCCUUCAUAUAAUCUUUUAUAAUUCUAUACACCUGGCAUAUGUAUGUCUGCUGAGGCUUAGGUCAAAGAGAAGAGGAGUAAGUCCACACACACUCAGACAGUCCAGCAAAAAUGCAUGUCUCCCCAUUCAUUUUGGCUGGGGGUAGUGCGUUUAAGUUGUGGUGGUGGGGGCCACAGAGGGGUGCCAUAAGAAACGGCCUGAGGCAAAAAGUUGAGAAAGAUUCAACUUUAAGAGAAACGCAAUCCAACAUCAUCCUGCGGUGGCCAAUUAUAGAACUUGUCAGUGUGUUUUGAGGCAAUGUGAGAGUCUUUUUAAAUUAAAGAGUGUGGUCUAGACCUACUCUAUCUGUAAAGUGUCUUGAGAUACCUCUUGUUAUGAUUUGAUAGUAUAAAUAAAAUUGAAUUGAAUUAAGAGUCCCUUAGAGUAAACAUCCCUGUAGCUAUCGCUGCCACAAGAAAGUUAAAAAAAAAACUAUUUUUCUGCAAGAAUAAAGCACAAUGCUCCAUCUUUUUUCUUUCUCUCUUUCUAUAUGAAAUAAAGCUGCCUUCAAUUGUGGUGGUAAAUGUUAAGAGCUAAAAACGAUUUGACAGAAAACAAUAAUUGUAAAAUAUUAAGUCUACAUGUGCUGCUUUGGGGAGGCCUAAAGAACGCAACCAGACAUGACACAGAUCGGCCAUUUUAAUUGAUAUUUCCACAGCCACAAAACCCUGCGGAUCGCUGGCUUUGGUCUGAACGUGCCCUUAAACCUGCUUAGAUUUGCUGCUUCACAUCACCUCACUGGAGCGUAGUCCUUCUGCAAGGAGUCAGAGUCACACUGUGUGAAUCCAGCCGUGAGGCUCUGACAUGGGCAGGGAUAGUUGCAUGAUAUGUUCUAACUAAUAAACCUUUUUGUUGCUUAUCUCUCAAUGCUUACAAUAAUGGUCUAUCUAUCUGAGGGCAGUUGUACAAUUUAUUUAACGCAAUGAGUUCAAUAAGCAUUAGAAUGGCUGUUUAUGGGCAAGCUGAUGCUCAUGUUUGUGUCUGGUUUCUAUUUGCGUACAUCCAGUGUAUUCUUACAUGUACAUACAGUUUAGCUUUUAGAUGGAUUGACAUGGUCAGUUUUAUUUAAGUCCUGCAAUGUUAAAAAAGUGCAACUGGUACUGGAUAUUUUUGAAAUACCUUUAAAAGAAUUCAACAGAAACUUAAAUGUUAAGACAUAUAUACAUUUACCAUUGUCUUUAUACCAUCACAUGCAUCAGUUGGAAUCAGUUUUUUGUACCUGUUUUUUUCUGUAGGUGAGUUCCUGUUUGAUUCUUUUUCAUUCUGAGUUGUGAACAGUCGCACGUGCAACUGUGUAUAUCGCAGGAUUAGAGAGAAGCCAUUUCUUGCUUCGCAAAAUCUUUUUUUAAGCUGCAGUGUCUGAAUGCCGAAGGACAGGUUUUUUUUGUGUUUAACAUGAAAACAUAGGACUGCAGGGCUAGAUGGAACUGACUAUACAGUAGUGUUAAUCAAUUUUGGUUUGCCAAAUGGUUUAUGAUGCCCACAACACUGAAGCACAUCAAGAUUUUGUAUUUUUAUAUUACAUGUGCUUAGAUGUGCUCGUAUUUGUAUAAUAUACUAAUACUGUCAUAAUAAAUGUGUUUUUGUACAAUA